AUGGCAUUCGGAGAUUUGAGCACCGAAAAGGGCGUGAAAGAACUCAACGCUUUCAUCGAGGACAAAAGCUACGUGAGCGGCUUCGCCCUGAGCCAAGCCGACAUCGACGCCUUGGGCAAGCUAACCAAACCGCCGGCGGCCAAUCUGCCUCACGCCCUGCGCUGGUACAACCACGUCAAAUCCUUCACCGGCGACGAACUCAAAGCCCUAGGCCUCGCCGGAGCGAGCCCGCUCAAAGCCGGCGCCACCACCACCGCGGCCGACGACGAUGACGACGUCGAUUUAUUCGCCUCCGACGAAGAGACCGAAGAGGCCGCCAAGGUCAGAGAGGAGCGCCUCAAAGCGUACGCCGACAAGAAAUCCAAGAAGCCCGAGCUGAUAGCCAAGUCGAGCAUCGUCUUGGACGUGAAGCCCUGGGACGACGAGACCGACAUGAAGGAGCUGGAGAAGGCGGCGAGGUCCGUGCAAAUGGAGGGGCUCGUGUGGGGCGCCUCCAAGCUGAUGCCCGUCGGGUAUGGAAUCAACAAGUUGCAGAUCAUGUGCGUGGUCGAAGACGCCAAAGUGUCUGUAGACGAAUUGGUGGAGAAGAUUCAAGAGUUCGAGGAUUUCGUUCAAUCGGUCGAUAUAGCUGCCUUUAACAAAAUCUAA